GGCGUGCGUGCGUGCCGUGCGCUCGCCGGGCACCACGGCCACGGCCUCGCCCUCCGCCCCUGCGCCUGCACCGCUUAGGCCGUCCCCCGCCCCCACCGCGCUCACCCUCUAGGCGACCCCCGCCCUAGCCCCAGGCCGGCUGCCCCACUUUCCAAAUUUAAACGGGGCGCAGCAUUAAGGCCUCCCGCCUCAGGUGACCUCUCAGGGGUCUCCCGGCAGAGGUGCCCCGCCGCUGAGGAACAUGGCGAAGGUGGAGCAGGUCCUAAGCCUCGAGCCGCAGCACGAGCUCAAAUUCCGAGGUCCCUUCACCGAUGUUGUCACCACCAACCUAAAGCUUGGCAACCCGACAGACCGAAAUGUGUGCUUUAAAGUGAAGACCACAGCACCACGUAGGUACUGCGUGAGGCCCAACAGUGGAAUCAUUGAUGCAGGGGCUUCGAUUAAUGUAUCUGUGAUGUUACAGCCUUUCGAUUAUGAUCCCAAUGAGAAAAGUAAACACAAGUUUAUGGUUCAGUCUAUGUUUGCUCCACCUGACACUUCUGAUAUGGAAGCAGUAUGGAAGGAGGCAAAACCAGAAGACCUUAUGGAUUCAAAACUUAGAUGUGUGUUUGAAUUGCCAGCAGAAAAUGAUAAACCACAUGAUGUAGAAAUAAAUAAAAUUAUAUCCACAACUGCAUCAAAAACAGAAACACCAACAGUAUCUAAAUCUCUGAGUUCUUCUUUGGAUGACACCGAAGUUAAGAAGGUGAUGGAAGAAUGUAAGAGGCUGCAAAGUGAAGUUCAGAGGCUGCGAGAGGAGAACAAGCAAUUUAAGGAAGAAGAUGGGCUUCGGAUGAGGAAGGCAGCGCAGAGCAACAGUCCGGGUCCCGUGUUGGCCGCGGCUGGGAGGGAGGAGGGCCUCAGCACCCGGCUUCUCGCACUGGUGGUUUUGUUCUUCAUCGUCGGUGUGAUCAUAGGGAAGAUUGCUUUGUAGAAGCAGCAUGCAGAGGAUGGCCAAAGGAUUCGUGGAUCCGUAUAUCAUGAGAUUUAAAUUUAUCAUAACCAUGUGUAAAAAGAAAUUAAUGUAUGAUGACAUCUCACAGGUCCUGCCUUUAAAUUCCCCCCACUCUGUGCGUGCGUGUACACACACAUACACACACACACACACCCACACACACACACCUGUAACAUAAUAUAACAAUCUUUUAGAAGUCAAAAAUGUAUAGUAAAUGAUUGGGGGAAAUAAUGAUCCUUAUUAAUGAUGAGGGAAACCAUGAUGGAACAACAAUGGCAUAUUGCAAAUGUCAUUUCAAACACUUGUAGCCUUGACACAUGCUGCUGAGUUAACUCUCUGGAAACAAGACCCUCUUCCUUGCCUGUUGGUGCCCAGGCCCCUCGGCAUAGUGACCCCUCCUGUCGACUCACUCCCGCGGCUGCUUUUCCACGGCCCGGCAUCGGUUCCUUGGGACUUGGCGCUGGGCGGCACCGGAAGUGCUUGUCAGGAGUGGGAGGCUGUGACGACUGACCCAACACUUUGGAAAUAAAAGUCAAUGCUUUGUUCUCUUAAAGGGACCAGGCUAAACUACUGUUGGUUCAUGUAGUGAAGUUGAAUCGCUAUUCAGAGAUGUUGAUGCAUAUUUAACUUAUUUAAUGUAUUUCAUCUCAUGUUUUCUUAUUGUCACAAGAUUAUAUAACAUUGUGGCCUGAAAAUCACCUGUGCUACCUAAUGCCAGUGGGUGAGCUGCGUUGCUGCCGGAGGGCUGCGGCUCCUCUAUCUCUGGAGGUUCUGGGCUCCGCAUUCGUUUGGAGGUGUGGUCUAUCUGCAUGUUGGAGAAGGCUGCCAGGAAGUGUUUUCUGUAUAAAUAAGGAAUAGCUAGCAUCUGGAGGGGAGUUCUUAGUACCCAUGGCCAGGUCCCCACUGCCCUCUUUAAUGGGGAGGAGCAGCUGACCUUGUAUGUCCUCUCACCUCUCCUCACAUACCUCCCACACUCUGCACACGCGCCCCGAGGCCGGCCCUGCCUUUCUUGUGUAGUCCUGGUUUGGGAUCGGGGUGAUCCGGCCGCAGAGUGGCUGGAAGACGGAGCCAGCAGGGGGCUGUGGGGAGGGGUGUGACUCUUGAGAUGACGUAUGAAGUAGUGAUUGAAAGCUUGACUAAAUUAAUUUUAUGUGGUAAAAGACCAAUCCAGUGCUGUUUGACUAUGUAACAUCUUAAAAAGGAAAAAAAAUUAAAAUAAAGCCCCCAAAUUAAAAGUUCUGUUGUCAUUUUGUCACACUUGCUAUAUGGGGAAAAUUAAUAUUUUAAUGAUCAUUAUUUUGUUACCGGAAGGUUGAUUUUAAAAAUGAGCCCUGUCAAUGAGAAAUAGCUAUGUUUAAUGAUUUAAAAAUAUAUAUAUACACACAUAUUUUUGGCUUCAACUGAGAGCGUAUCAGUAAGACUGGCAGAUCUUCAGUGGCUGGCCGCCCUUGCCCUUUGUCGCUUUGCUCUUUAGUAGAAAGAAACCUCCUGUCUGGGUCAAGGAGUCAUGCACGAGACCCUAAUGCAAGAAAACGCCCAGCUUGGCUCCAGAGUGGGGGUGGGUUUAAAAGACAAACUCACUGAAAGGAAGAUAGUUCUUAGAAGUCAUAUGCCUUGAGUCACAUUCCUCCUGAGCUUGGUUGGGACAGAGGGGCCUUAGGUUCUGGCCCUGGUGGUCUGGUCAGGGACCUAGAGAGCAAAUUGAAUUUUCUGCUUGGAGUAGUAGUUUUCUGUCUUCUUGAGCAGAAGUUUACUAGACAUCCCGAGUAGUCACAGGCAGGUGUUGUGCAGAUCUGGUUCUCAGCCACAUGCAUAUUGCUUGCAUUACAUUGAGCAUGCAGAUGUGGAAGGAUGCCUGUUAAUUAUAAGUCAGCCUCUGGUAUGGUUUCCAUGUGGACCCAGGUACUUACAGAAGGGAGUGAAAAGACAGUGUGAGGCAUGUGCCUUCUGCUGUUUUUGUGAGUGGACUAGCGUUUGUGUGUAGGAGCUGCAGUGAAUCCUUUCCCAGUCUUAAACCUCAUGGCCUAGAGUGAGUGAGUAGGAGGGCCACAGACUGCCUGGGGGUGCAGUACAGUCCAUUUCUCUAGAGCAGGGGUCUGCAGAUGUGCUCUUUAAGGGUGUGGCUGUGUUCCGAUGAAGCUGUUCACAAAAACAGCAGGUGGGAUUUGGCCUGGGAGGCUGGAGUUCGCUGCACUCGCAAGAGAGUGACCAAGUCCUUAAGAAGAGCGCCCGAGAAGCCGACUCCAAGGCUUGGCAGUGAUUCAGUGUCUUCUGUACGUCUAUAUGGGCUUCAGCUUUUCAGAGGAUGUGGGCAUUUUGUUUGUAGCUGAAAAAUCAAAAUUCUAAAUCCAAAGUUGUCUCUUCUUUCUAACUAGCCAUGCUAUAAGACCUCUUCCCCUUUUAGAGGUUAGGACUUGGUGAACACAUGGUGGUUUGUGGGACUUUUGGACUUGUGGAAGAAGGGGACUCCCUAGGGAGAUGAGGGGGCCUGUGGCGAGAGGCCUGGCUAGGAUGGAAGGCAUCUGGUCAGUGGGGAUGCGUGUGGAGCAGGUGCGGCUGGGGUCAGGGCUGCUGCCAGAGCCACACACUCAAGACCUCCAUCUAGGAGAAGUGGGUAUAUUCUGGAUGUCUUUUUCUGGAGUGACAGAAGAGGGAAAAAAGAAUAAGGCCGAGAGGUUUGAUGUGCGGUCCUAUCACGUGGUCUGUUUUUCCGUGAGAAGUUGAGAGUCAUGUGAUCAGAAUAAACUGGCGUAGAUGAGCCAGGGGGCAGCUGUCAGGGCACUGCCCUCGCCCUAGCUGCCUUGGCUACUUACUGGUUUAAGGCACCUCUGAGAGCCGCGUCCUUGUUCCAGAAACACCCGCCCCUGAGCUUGCAAAUACAUAAGAAACGUAAACAAUAACAAGAGUCCUGUACAUUUUUGUGGGUUGAAUUUUUUAAUUGGUAACUUACGUUCCCAUGGCACAAUACAAAAUACCUCUUAAAGACAGCAGGCUGUUAUUUGUAGAUGUGAGGACGUGGCUUUAAUAUUUUUUCUUCUACUUUGCAUGUUUUUCCUCUCUAGUCUUCUAAAUUGCUCUCACCAGCAGUAAUAAAUACUGAUAAAAUCAAAAUUGAUUUUUACCAGUGGACAGUUUAUGCCUAGAGAGACAGCUUAGACCUACAUAACACAGAAGGGGGAAAAAUGAGAAACCUCCAGUGAUCCGUGAAAACCUGAAUGCUUUCAAACAAAUCCCAGAAACAGAAUCACUAUCAAAAGACAUCAGUGCCGGACUUGCAGGCUGUGUUGAGGCCGAUAUAACCGAAUACAGUGAUAGCUCAGAGUUAAAUAGCCUUUCAAAUUAAUUUAAGAACAAGCUUAACGUGUGUGUGUGUGUGUGUGUGUGUAGCAUAUGUACCAUAUGUAAGUAGCUUAACCUUUUUCAAAUGGUGCCUAUAUUUUUUGCACUCACAAAUCUUUAUAUUUGCAAACUCAAAACUCCAUGCCAAAACACAAUGCCGUUUGUCAUUUUCAGUUCCUUCUCUAAAGAGCUGGCCUGCUGACAAGUUUCUGGUUAUGGUUUGUUUGUGAAAUUCUUGGUUUAAAAGAAGGAAAAUAAGAAGGGAUUUGGGCUUCAAAGUCACCGUGAACACUUGAAUAACAUUUAACCUCCAAGACCUCAGGUGAAGAGGCGUCUGCUCCCCCUGCUGGCAAGGCGGUUCACUGAGGGACAGACACCUCAUGGGGCCGUUGGUCCCUGACCAGCUCCCCUGCCCGUUGGGGUUGAACUUUCUGGCUAGAGGAGGAGGACUGAGUAAAACUGUGGAAUUGUAGAAAGUCAUUGCUCUGAGGAGUCGUAUCUCAAGCUUGGGCCAUGUUUGCUGAUGUUAAAAGUGAAUGCUUUCAAAGAUCAGCAGAGGUGGAAUUGUAUUUAGAAAGUCCUCUGACAGUAGAUGGAUGGCUCCAGUUCACAGCAUACAGAUCUGAUCAGGCCCUCGAUUACUCUCUUGUGCAUAAAGGUCAUCUUGGAGACCACACAUGCCCCACGGAAGUCGGGGUCCCCCAGGAUUUCCCUGGCCUGAUUGGAUUUGGAGAAGGCUUUUUAAAAAACUGUUCUCAGACAGCUGCUGUGAUAAGAACCUUGUAGAGAAAGUUGCUGUUAGGACCCUUGCGCUCUCUGCUCUGUGCUUGCUCAUUGGACUUAAUCUCACAACAGCUGUGACCCAGGGGAGGCGGGCUCUAUUUUGCACACGAGGAAAUGAAGCCUCCAGGAGGUUAAAUUGAGCAACUUUUCAGAACCUCUCAUUUGGAGCUUAAUCAAUCUCUGAGAAGCCUGCUGUGAGGGCCUUAAUUGCUAAGACACUGUUUUGAACUGCAGAAAUCACUUAGGAACAGUGAGAGGCUCUAGUGAAUUGACCUGCUGACCAUUUGUACACCUUUUAUGUGUUUGGCCUUCAUAUCUUCUGCAGUUAUUUUAAAGAUGAAGUAGAUAGAAUCAGGACUCUAAUCCAGAUGCUUUUUAUUUUUCUUUUUGAAUCUAAACACACUUCAGACAGUGAAGAAAUGUGGGUUUUCCACUUUCUCAUUGCCUUGUCUGCCCGGUGCUCCUGGGGAAUGAAUCUGGGGGCUUUGGAAAGAAAAUUAGCGUGGCGAUGAUGAAGAUGUUCUCUGUGGAGGCUUUAUGUAACUUGUGAAUUAAAUGUGAAGCGAGGGCAGUUCAUUAAAAUUGGUAUCACAGAAGUGGCCUGCCGAGGUUUAAAAACAGCCAGGCUGCCUGCCUCAGCCCUCUCUCUGAGUCAGCGCUGCAGUUCUCUGGGAAGUCGUCGAAGAGAGCGAGCAAUAGUGGACCGUGACGAGCAGCAGCUGCGAGGCAGGUGUGGGGGCUCUGAAAGUGGGUCCAGCGAGAGUCACAAGCCCUUUCACUCUUGCCUCCAAGUCCCGACAGCCGCGUGCUUAUUAGUACAUGGGGCUCAGCCUCCGAGUGCUAGUUGGGGUGCUUGGGUCUGCCCACCCAUGCCAGGGAACCCAGACUUCCCUCUGGGGGGAAUUUUUAGCUGUAUCUGUGCCACUGAAAAAGAAGGUUUCUUUUUAAUUUAUUUUCAUUACAGAGGUAUUUUGAAAAAUGGAGAAGACAGGAACAUUAACAGUUGUGUGUAAUAGUUAAAAGUGAAACUGGUGGAGGGGGAGGAGAGGUUGUCUCAAGUAAUAUAAUUCCACUCUUUUUCUUAGUGGAGUUAUUAAUUCAUUAGAAAAUGCAUCAAAUCUGUAGAAAAGGAAGAAAAAGCAAAAAUAUAGCUAUUAUCUAACUUGUCAUAACUAUUGGCAAUUAUGAUACCUUGGAAUGUUGCCGUAAUAUGGAUUGCUUUGAUUAGAAGAUGUCAGUUGAAUGAAACAGUACCGUGGGAUAAUAGUUUUCUGCUGCUAGAUAAAUGCUAAUGUUUAUUUUUAAUCCAGGAAACAUUGAUCCUGUGACAGUGCCCUAUUACAAUUACUUUAUUGUACCACAGGGUUGAUGCAUAUUUAAUCAUUUGGCUAAUGGCUGCGGGUGCAGGACGGACGCUCGCUCCCUGUCCUGCUCACCCACUUGCAUUCUGAUGAACGCCAGGAGCACAGCCAGGCUUCUCCAGGUAGAGCUGCUGCCCGCAGUUUCACUGCACUGAUCCCAAAGCCCCGUGUCAGCCUGAAACAAAACAGGUUACCUUUUACUUCUUGUUUCCCUUUAAUAAAUGUCAACCCAGGGAGAUAAAUCAGAUACCGUAACACCAUUUCAUUAAGACUAUGCUAACAAGAAUGCAUAGCUUUGUGAUUUAAGAAGAUGAUAAAUUAGCAUGCAUGUUUCUCACAUCUCACAUUCAUGCAUGGUUCUCCAUGUAAUAGGAAAAGGUCUGGUUCUUUGUAUGAACUGGCUACCUGCAUUCUCAUCUUGCUUUUGUAUUUUACAAAUAAACUAAGUUCAGCUGUUAUCCUCUAGUGUGGCAUUCAUUUAAAAAUGUUUUUUUUUCCAUUGACUCUUUCACUUGGAUUCAAAGGUAAUUUAUUGUUUGUAAUACUGAGACCAUGUGUACAAGAACUGCCUCUUGCUUUUCAUCAUUCACUUUUUCAGCCAACAUUUAUCAGUUUACCUUUGACAUGUUAGAGAACUGUAGGAGAUGCUGAGAAAUUAAUCAAUGGGAGGGAUUUGUUUUUGUGUUUUUCAUUUGUAAACAGCCUCAUAAGGUGAUUCCAAGCUUAUAGGUAGAGAGAAAAAUGCAAAAUACAUUUGGUUCUCAUUUCUGUUGCUCAUUUCCUUUUUUAAGACAAUUGAUAAAACUGCUGCUAUUCGGAACUUCCUACAAGAAACUCAAAAUAAUCGAAACGUUCCCUUCACCUCCUCUCCUCUGAGUAAAGAAACAGUUUCAGUAAUGCAUGCUCUUCCUACCCUGCUUUACAUCUUUCUCCAUGUCUUUGAAAAAGAUCUCUGUAGAUUGUGAUGGAUGUUUUCAUUCUGACUUCAAUGUACAUUAACAUUUUGGGGAUUGAGUAUUUUAAGAACUGUCUUAGAAUGCUUUCGUUUUCAUAAUUUUCCUUCUAUGUAUUUUAAGUUGUAUUUCCUGUUUUGACAUGGAACUCAUUUAAAAAGUUGGUGCAGGAAAGGACUCUACCAUCAUACAUUCUGGUUAUCUGAUUUGUAAUAAAUUUAUGGUUUUAUGGCUGACUUUACAGUUCUUAGAGGGAAGGAGAUGUAUUUCUGCAGUGUUCAAAUCGAAAGAGCCAUUCACAGCAUGUUCUCACAUGUUUCUGUGUGAGCCUGGUGGAACCGGCCCUGCUAAGGCAUAAACUUUUGUACUAGCUGUCUCUGUAUUAUGUUCAAUAAAUUCUGUGCUCUGAAUAUAUUUAAA